CACAAUUGAUUAUUAUUUCUUUUCUUCUUAUUAUUAUAAAUUCCAUUUGAUCCUAUUUAUUUUCAUUAUUGAAAUCAUUUACAGUAUUCAUUAUUCAUUGUAGUGAUAAGUUCACUUCAGUUCAAUUCAAUUCAAUCUUCAUAACAGGAUCUAUUCUGAAUUAACCAUAAGAAGUAACUUUAGUUUUCAUUAUAUAAAAGAAAAAGUCCUAAUAAUAAUAAAAAAUGGAUGGAAUUAAAAAGAAAAUGAUUGCAAUGAAAUUAGAGAAGGAGAAUGCAAUGGAAAGAGCAGUACAAUAUGAAGAAUUACUUAAAAAGAAAGAAGAAGAACGUGAAAAACGUGAAAGUGAAAUUGCUGAAUUAAAUACUAAAAUGAAACAAGCACAAAUUGAUUGUGAUGAAGUACAAGAAACAUUACAAGAACAAAUGAAUAAAUUAGAGGAAACUGACAAACGUGCUACUAAUGCUGAAGCUGAAGUGGCAGCGAUGACUCGUAGAAUUCGUUUGUUAGAGGAAGAUCUUGAAGUUUCUUCAAGCCGUCUAACUGAAACAUUGACCAAGUUAGAGGAAGCAAGUAAAACCGCAGAGGAAAGUGAACGUGGACGAAAAGACCUUGAGAUUCGUUCGAUUGCUGAUGAUGAGCGGCUUAACCAACUGGAGGAUCAACAAAAAGAAGCCAAGUAUAUUGCCGAGGAUGCAGACCGUAAAUAUGACGAGGCUGCACGUAAAUUAGCUAUUGCAGAAGUUGAUUUUGAGCGUGCGGAAGCUCGUCUCGAAGCUGCAGAAAGCAAAAUAGUAGAAUUGGAAGAGGAACUACGAGUUGUUGGUAAUAACAUGAAAGCUCUUGAAAUUUCCGAACAAGAGUCAGCCCAACGUGAGGAAAGCUAUGAAGAAACAAUCCGAGAUUUAACAGAACGAUUGAAGGCUGCUGAGCAAAGAGCAACUGAAGCUGAACGUCAAGUAUCCAAACUACAAAAUGAGGUUGAUCAUUUGGAAGAUGACUUAUUGGCUGAGAAAGAACGAUACAAAGCUCUUAGCGGUGAACUGGAUCAAACUUUCGCAGAACUCACUGGUUAUUAAUAACAUGCAGUCAGGAUAUUCAUUACCAUUAUCUUCAUUUCCAGAAAACGAGACUGGUCGUAAAGAUAUUAUUAACCUGUUCAAAAAAUUAAAACUAUAUCUUCAAAUCUGUGCUCUAGAGAGUACUAUUAUGUUAUAUUCAAUUUGCAAUACUUCACUUCUGCAAAAUAUGCUUUUAUUAUUCGUUACUACCUGCACCAACUUCUUUAUUGUCAUCUUUCCCCCCCCCCACUCACCCUCUUUCAAUCUAAACAAUACGAUUUUAGGCGUUUAUAUAUUGUAGCCUAUCUAAUCACUGCACUAAACUAACGAAAUCAAUAAAAUCGUUUUCCCACAUGAGAGUUUUUCUUUUUAUCGACAAUUCUAAGAUAAAUAUUAGCUAUUCAAAUUCAUAAAUAUGUAGACAAAAAGUUCGAUUUGAUAUUUCUGAAACCAUAAAUAAGUAUGGGAUUCGAAGUUUUACAUAGUACUGGUUGUGAUUUUUAUGAUAACAGCCGAAUUUUAUCACAAAUGUGGGCAAUUGUUGUGCUAUCUCCUGAUGUACGUAAGUGUUGCUAGCAUAGCCACUGAUACUAUCUAUACUGGAAGUGUAUCGACUCUUGUUAGGUCUAAGAUUAUUACUCCGUAUUGGCCGUGAACAAACACAUUUUCUC